CGAGAGGCGCGAGCCGUCCCGGCGCUGGAGGUCGUUCGAGUCACGGAGCUCGCGCCAUGCUGUCCCGCGCCGCCCCCGCAGCGCUGCGCCGCGGCCUGGCCACCGGCACCCAGCUACGGCCCGCACCGGCACCGGCACUGCCCCUGCGCCGCGGCCUGGCCACCGGCACCCAGCUACGGCCCGCACCGGCACCGGCCCUGCGCCGCGGCCUGGCCACCGGCACCCAGGUACGGCCCGCACCGGCACCGGCCCUGCGCCGCGGCCUGGCCACCGGCACCCAGAACAAUGCCAAGGUGGCAGUGCUGGGAGCCUCGGGGGGCAUUGGGCAGCCUCUGUCCCUGCUGCUGAAGAACAGUCCCCUGGUCAGCAAGCUCAGCCUCUACGACAUCGCCCACACGCCCGGGGUGGCCGCGGACCUCAGCCACAUCGAGACCAGGGCCACUGUCAAAGGUUUCAUGGGAGCUGAGCAGCUGCCUGAGUGCCUAAAGGGUUGUGAUGUUGUUGUUAUUCCUGCUGGAGUGCCCAGAAAACCAGGCAUGACUCGUGAUGACCUCUUCAACACCAAUGCCAGCAUUGUUGCCACCUUGACCACUGCCUGUGCAAAGCACUGUCCAGAGGCCAUGAUCUGCAUCAUCUCCAACCCGGUGAACUCAACCAUCCCAAUCACCUCAGAGGUCUUCAAGAAGCAGGGAGUCUACAACCCCAAAAAGAUCUUCGGGGUCACCACACUAGACAUUGUCAGAGCAAACACCUUCGUGGCUGAGCUCAAGGGCUUGGAUCCAGCUCGAGUCACUGUUCCAGUGAUUGGUGGCCAUGCUGGGAAGACCAUCAUCCCUCUGAUCUCCCAGUGCACACCAAAAGUGGACUUCCCUCAGGAUCAACUGGUGAAGCUCACAGGGAGGAUUCAAGAAGCUGGCACUGAAGUUGUCCAGGCUAAAGCAGGAGCAGGCUCUGCCACCCUGUCCAUGGCCUACGCCGGUGCUCGCUUUGUCUUCUCCCUGCUGGAAGCCAUGAACGGGAAGCAGGGAGUUGUGGAGUGCUCCUUUGUGAAGUCAGAGGAGACAGAGAGCCCUUACUUCUCCACUCCUCUGCUGCUGGGGAAAAAUGGGAUUGAGAAGAACCUGGGCAUUGGCAAGAUCACUCCCUUUGAAGAGAAGAUGGUUGCUGAGGCCAUGGCUGAGCUGAAGGCUUCCAUCAAGAAAGGAGAGGAUUUUGCCAAGAACUUCAAGUGAAGAGGAGUUGAUGACAGAGAGAGAGAGAGAAAGAGAGAGAGAGAAGCUACCAACUCCCUUAAUUUAUUAUAGGCAUCAUGGCAGUGUACAGCUGGGAUCCAGAGCUCCUGCUUUGGGGAAGUCUUGUCUCAGCAUAAUGAAUGUUGCCAGUCCACAGCCUCAUCAUCAAUAAAUGGCCUCAUUUUUUCAGUGUCCCA